AUGCUUUUUGGCAAAAAAAACUUCUUUUUUGUGCUUUCCUCUAUUUCCUUAUAUCCCCUCCCUUUAACUUCUUCCUUUCUCUCACAUCUAUCCCUCCUUUCUUCCCUCAGUAUCUCCUCCAUUAUCUCUCUAUUUUUUCCUCUUCUACCUCUCUUUUUCUUUCCUUUUAUUCUCCUCUAUCUCUCUGACCUACCUCUCUUUCUUUAUCCCUUCACUUUUUAUCUCUCUUCUGUGCCCCAUCUCUCUUUUACUUCUCCUUCUGUAUCCCUCCAUUCUUCUCUCACUCCCACUUCUCUUUUUUAUGCUCCCACUCACUUCUCUUUCAACCCUACUUCUCCUCCUCUAUUCCUCCAUUCUUCUCUCACUCAUCACUCCAAUUUUAUCCCUCCAUUUUUUUCCUUUCUCUCUGUCCACCUCUUUUUCUCUAUUGCUUCUUUCUUCUUUCUCCCAUCUCUCCUUUUUCUUUCCCUCCCUUUUUCUCUCUUUUCAUUCUUCUCCCCUGCCCUCAGAAUUCCUCUUUCUCCCACCUCUGUAUCCCUUCAUUCCCAUCUUUCCCCCUUUAUCCUUGCAAUCUUCUUUCUCUCCCACCUCGCCUUCUCUUCUAUCCCACCAUGCAUCUUUCACUCUCAAAAUCCUCCUUCUCUAACUUCUCCUAUCACUCCAUUAUCUUCUCUCUCUUCCUCUUUCCCACUAUUUUCUCCCUCCUCCCUAUACUCCUCUGUCUCCAUUCUUCUUUUCUCUCUCUUCCACUUCUUCUUUACUAUCACUCCAUUCUUUUCUCUUUUUUCCUUCCUCUUCCCCUCCAGUUUUUUCACUCUCAAUCUAUCCUUCUCUAUGCCUCAAUUCUCCUCUAUCAUGCCAUUUUUUUCUCUCUUUUCCUGUAUCGCUCCAGUUUCUCUCUCACUCUCCUCCUAUUCAAUCCCUCAAUGUUUCUCUCCCCAGCUAUACUUCCAUAUUCCUCCAUUCUUCCCUCUCUCAAUUCUUCUUCUUCUUUAUCCCUACAUUCUCUGCUCUUUCUUCCUCUAUCCCUCCUGUCUUUUCUCUCCCGAAUUAUCCUUCAUUAUACCUUCAUUCUUACAUUCUUCUCUCUCUACCACUCCAGUCAUUUCUCUUUACCUCCAGUUUCUCUCUCCCUCCUCCUUCUAUUCACUCCCUCCAUUCUUCUCUCUCUCAAUUCUUUUUCUUCAUCUCUCCAUUCUUCUCUCUAUUCCACUUCUCCUUCUCUAUCACUCCAUUAAUUUCUCUUUCCCUCUAUCUUUCCCUCUCCUCAACUCCUAUUCAAUCCCUCUAAUCUCUCUCUCAAUUCUUCAUCUCUUCUAUAUUUUUCUCUCUCUUCCACUUCUCCUUCUCUAUCACUCCAUUCUUUUCUUUAUCCCUCUAUCUCUCUAUUCUUCUUCUUUAUCAUUAUAUUUUUCUCUCUCUUCCACUUCUCUUUCUCUAUCACUCCAUUCUUUUCUAUUUUUCUCUGUGCUCCACCUCUUGUUCCAUUCUUUUCUUCCAUUGAGUCUUUUCCAGUUUUCUUUAUCUGUGAUUUCAUUCUUGCCACAAAGCCAGUGGUCACCUCUGAUUGACUGUUUUUUUUUCUUUUCUAUGAAAUACUUAUCCCCUGGGACUUUGGCAUUUUUUUUCUCUCUGAAUUUGGUGUAUUUUAUUUUUUCCCUCUGUUUUGAGCUCAACUAA